AUGGCCUAUACUGGAGCCGACAGCGGACUUAGCUAUGGCGAAUACUCAGGAGGGAGGGAGCCGGGCACAAGGAGGAAGAAGCUAGCGGGAUACUUGAAGACUGCCAACGAACUGCGGCAGAGCUACUUUAGUGGUGACACAGUCCGUGGAUCCCAUGGCCCUGAAGAUGGUCCCGGUGCUUUUCCAGACGUCGCAGUGGUGCGUAGCGGCAAUGAAGAGAUGAUUCUGUUCCCAAGCUAUGCCCGCAGACAUGUCAAAAGUAAGCAACCAACAGCUACUACACCCGGCCGAGAGUUGAGUGAAGAAGAGUUCUGGCGUCGCGAGUGGGAGAAGCAAGAAGAUGUGAAUGCCAUAGUCGACGUGGAUGUGCGUGGCUGGAUCUACACCCCACCGAAGGGCCAGCAUACGCGGAAACAAAGACUAUUGAUUGGUCUUGCCAGGCAACUCUCGGGAAUCUCAGCGCCCACCUCCAAUGGUAGACCAGGAGAAUCGAGCCAGGCCAGUGCAACACCAAGCCGUGCUUCUAGCCCGACGAAGCAACAAGAUGAAGAUCUUAUCAAUCUCGAAGCUGCAAACAUCAUCCGUACGGGUCAACAAGAGGAGCAGUAUGCAAGUCGCGGCGCAUUUUCCGAGAGACCCAGUCAGCCAAAAGAUACCGACAGCAUCUAUGGAGACGCGCAGUCAGACUAUAUUAUGCCACGUGGUCGGCCAGGAACCAUUGGCAGUGCCACUUCACAGGACUCGGACCAAGCGGGCAUUGCGUCGAUGCAGAAGCGAACAUCUUGGCAAGCGCCUGGUAAGAUGACUUCUGCUGAGCUCGCUGUUGCCAAUACCCAUCUUAUGACGCGGCUCAAACCGUUCAUGGCGAACCCCUUGGCGAACGCACCAAUCAGUGCCUUCUUCUACAAUGAACAGGCAUCGCGCCAGUUGACCGUCUACACAGAUGCGUCUGGUCAUUUUACCUUUCGAGCAGCGCUUGACUUCAUCCCGACUCAUGUACGAGUCUUGGCUGGAGAGAAGCUGUCGGCUACCGAAGAAGUCGCGGUCACCUCCCCUACAGGUGUGAGCUUGAUCAGCGACAUCGACGACACGAUCAAGCACUCCGCCAUAAGCGCCGGGGCGAGAGAGAUCUUUCGAAAUGCCUUCAUCCGUGAACUCGGCGACCUCACCAUCGAGGGCGUCCGAGAGUGGUACAAUACUCUGCACGAUAUGGGCGUCAAGUUGCACUACGUUUCGAAUUCACCAUGGCAGAUGUACCCAGUCUUGACAAGUUAUUUCAAGCUGGCGAAUCUACCACAAGGUUCGUUCCACCUCAAGCAAUACAGUGGCAUGCUUCAAGGCAUAUUCGAGCCCGUCGCAGAACGCAAGAAGUCGUCUCUCGAGAAGAUAAUGCGCGACUUUCCAGAUAGGAAAUUCGUUCUGGUCGGCGACAGCGGCGAGGCUGAUCUCGAGGUAUACCUAGAAACUGCAUUGGAUCAUCCAGGCAGAGUACUGGGCAUAUUCAUCCGAGACGUGACGACUACGCCUUCGAAAACCGGGUAUUUCGACCCUAAUGACAGCAGUCCAGGUGGUAGCAAGCGUCAUUCACGCAACCACUCUCGACAUCAAAGUGGCGAUUCAUUGGCUAUGUCCAAACGGCUUUCGCGUCCCCAGGACAUUCGCAACGAUGAUCCGGAGUUGGAGGCGGCCAUCGCUGCAUCCCUGGAGGAUAUGGAGGAGCAAGCUCGCCACGCUAGACGUUCGAUCAACCCAGAUGCAUUUUCCAACGAUUCACUGCAAUCUAGAAGGGGUAGUCAAGGUAGAACCGGCCCAAGAUUGCCGGCCCGUCAGGCAGCGCAGCCAGCCGAGGGCGACUUGAUCGACUUCUCGGAAACUGCCCCGUCCAGUUCAUGGCUAGCUCCGCCAUCACGCACAUCAUCGGCCCGCCAUGAUCUAGAUGAGCUUGUCGCGAGAAAGAAGCCCUCACCCUCGCCGCCACCGCCCCCGAAGCCGCAAGGUCUUCGAGGACACCCUGGUCCUCCCGAUCCAGCUAUCUCGGCCAUUGACCAUGCUGAGAAGACGCCCCCUCCACGUCCUAGAAAACCGUCGAGCGCAGUGAGGCCAAGUAACGUCCCACAAAUACAGACCCAUCAACCAUCGCCAUUGUCUCAAGUCACGAGACAAGAAUCAACAAGGAAACCGCCUCCGCCUCUUCCAACGAGGCCCAGGACUUACCGGGAGAUGGCCAAAGACACGUUAUCGAAAGCUCGUCCAUCGUACGGAACGCAGUGGCAAGGCGAUUCGUCCUUUGGGCAGAGCGCAUCACGCAAAUCUUCUCGUAGUCGCAGUCAGCCAACAUCUCCAUUGGCUCGACCAAUGAGUUCUGUCAAGUCAUUCGAGGACCUCAAUCUGCCGUCAUCAGCCAUGAAUCAUGCCCCUCCUCCGCCUCCGCCGCGACGCAAUGUUACGUCCUACUCUCUGACGCAAGCUCGGCAAGCAUCGUCUAACAGGCGAUCUGCUACAUACGAUGAUGAUAGCCUUCCAGGGAGUCCCGGAGAGAGCGUGAGCAAGAAGGAGUUCUUGUGGAAGCAGCGCCUCGACAGGGCGAGAAGUAUUCUCGAGCGCAAUGGCGUCACCCUUCGGACUUGGCGAGUCGGCAGUGACGUUGCAGACUUCUGUGUACGAUUGAUUGAAAUGGAACUGCGGAAGAUUGAGCGCGAGCACAACUCGGAGAAAGAUGGCAACCACAGCGAGAAGAGAUGA